AUGUCGCGAUCGUCGAAAAAGUGUGCGCAAGCAACAGCAAAUAAUGACCAAGUAUAUCAUGAUAACAAUAUCAAAGCAGACUUGCAUGAUGCAAAUAAUCGUCCAAAGAAAAAGAAGAAAAAACGUCGUAACUCGACAUUGACAGCAGAAAAUACUGUUGAGCCAAUGAUUAUUAACAAUAAUAACAACCAUCAUGUUGAUAAUAGUCCUAUUCAACUGCAUACUCAGACAUUAAUACCUGAGCCUAGAUUAAUUUAUAGAAAUAAAUGCCCAUGUGAUGCACAUUACACUAAAGUAUUAAUUGAAUACAAUUAUGAACUACCAGCUGAUCAAAUAUUUGACUUAGUGUUUGGUUCAAAUGAGUUCGUUCGAGUAUAUAGACAAGCACAAAGACUCUAUGAUUUGACUGAAAGUGAAUGGACGCGAAAUGAACGAACAGCUAAUCUUGAACGAACACUUAAUUAUAAAGUACCUUUUGAAACUGCACUAAUGGGUAAAAGUACGAUUAUGACACGUGAAAAACAAACACGCGUGCACGAUGUACCUGGCUCGCAUUUUGUAGUUGAAACUGAAGUAUCUAAUGAAGGUGUUAAGUUUAGUGAUACAUUUUGUCUUCUGAUACGAUUUUGUAUUGUUCAAACAUCUCCGACAACAACCAAUCUCCUUGUUACUGCUCGAAUAAAUUAUGUUAAAUCAGUGAAUGGAAUUAUAAAACAAUUUAUUGAACGAAAUUCUUAUUCAGCAUCACAAAAUGGGCUAAAAGAUUUAAAUAAUCGUCUAAAUGCUAUAAAGAAUUCGCCGAUAGACAGAUGUCGUUUAAGCAAUGGUGAAGUAACAUUAACCGAAUCUAUCAUCGAAAAUAAUCAUCAUAUUAGCCAAGAAGACACAAAUCCUGUGCAACAAUUACAAUCUAAUACUACAACGAUUACUACUACUAUAAAUAGUAUCAAUGAUAAUACGAAUAGAAAUACAUUGUCUUCCGAGCACGAUAAAAUCCUGCAUAUGCUUGUAUUACUGGUUGUUCUUUUAACCAUAAUGCAUUUAUAUUUAUAUAAUAAACUUCAACGAACAGAUCUUCUUCUUGAUACAUUAAUUCAUUUAUUGAAAAAACAGUGA